AUGGCUACAAUUAGCGACAUCAAAAAAAGCUUAAAGAUAUGGGAGGCACGCACACGGCCCUUGAAUUAUGAAACGGGUGAUUCAGAACCUCACGAUCCAUCGAUUACUAUGAGAAACUUGACUUUCAUGUAUUACCAUGCUGCACGCGUUGAUCUCGCACAGUACACUGCUCUUGCCAUCCAGGAAUCCAUGUCGAUUGACCAAGGUUCAUACGAGAAUGCUAUGUUUGAGAUUGGUGAUGAUCUCAAGAAUGGAAUUUCUGGUCUGACAAAUGUGUUGGAUUACUUCAGCCGUAAUGGCCACGCAGAGUGUCUGCCAUUGAGCGUACUAGGCUACUUGGGGAUGCCACUUAUCUUGGCUGCCAUCGAUUUGAAACUUUCUCCUUCCCAUGGCGAAAUGAUCAAAAGGCAAAAACGCCUGGAUUCGCUAAGUAAAAUAAUUCGUCAUUCUGAAUCUCUUUAUGAUGUGACCGAUUUUGUAGCUGCCGGGACCAAUCAGAUCUUACAGCUAGCAUAUCAUACGACGCAGAACUUUUUUCUUCCCUGUGAGAGCUCUGUAAUCAUAACAAAGGAGAUGAAAGGAUCAAAUCAAAGCCUUAUUGAAAAGGGUCGAAGCACAAAUUUCAAUCUCCCUCGAGGAUCUCGGCCAACCUCUCAUUCGCGCGUAAAAAGCUGGCUUGAUGCAUUCAUGCACUACCCUCGCGCUUAUUUACUCAUUUCAACUUCCGUGGAUUACAGUCUUGCUGUUGGCCGUCUUCCGUACGAUAAUUCCCUGCCAGCCUCGGUUCGCGACAUUCCCACAAUGGGUAUGAUGACGCGACUUCCCUGGGCGAUUGAUACCAGUGUCGCUGAUAGGCGUUAUUGUCCAUCUAAGAAAGACACUUUGACCUGCAGUGAAUAUCGCUCUGAUUCAUCAGAGGUGUUGGAAGGAAAAGGUUGGUCUUUGAAGAAUGAUCACAGCAGGCAUACUGCUCAGAAUCAGUCCAUUUACUGGGACACAGCCGUGAAGAACAGGAUCAUCGGGAAUCUUGCACAACCAGAUCACUCUGAUUUUCCUACUCCACAUAUCAAAAAAGUGAUAACAAAGUCACAAGAUAAUAACAUGAACACCGUGAACCUGGAUUUUUUUGAUGUCGGAUUUAUGAUGAAUCCUCUCGAUGCCAUCUCCACGCAGCUAUCAGCCAUUGGACAUCAUAGUGAUGAAAAUUCAGUGCCUACCAUUGUAACGGAGAAGGAGCCUGGUUUGAUAUUUCGAGAAGUAUUCACUGAAACGAAAGUUGAAGAUAAUCGUGCGGUUGCACAUCAUGUUGCGGAGGGGUUAUAA